CGGCCGGCCAACAGAUAUCGCCAUAGUCUCAGAGCUUGACAUUUCUCAUAUUCAAUUGUUGGUUACUCUGAAAAUUACUUUUCACAACAAACACAAGAACGAACAAUAAAUAAAAUUGCAUAUAUAUUGUUGAAUUCUUGGUUUUUCGCCUAUUGUUAUACAAUAUGAAUUCGAAGAAGAUUAUAACCUUUGGCAAGAUAAGCGCCAAUUUAGAAAAACCGGCGACCGAGGCAUCUGUCGAAGUCUCCAGCUCUGGAUUCGGCACGUUUGGCAAGAAACGUGAAGAAAACAAUGUAAAGAAGAUGGAAGAGAUCAAGCCGGAGGACGAGGAAGAGAUUCAAAAUAUGCAGAAGUUGAUGGGCAUUACAGGUUUCGGUAAGAAAGCCAAGUCGUUCGACGUACAGGAAAUGCUGGAGAACAUCACUAAGACCAUCAGCAGCAAUAAAGCAACUGCACUUGUGACGGACAAGUCUUCCGACGAAAAUACCGAAUCCAAGAAGAAUGACAACGAAGAAAUCGACGAUGACGACGAUUUUAUUGGCCCACCGUUACCAUCUUUGUUGCCCGUUAAUUCGAAUGCGGAAAAGAAGAAGGAUGUAGAAAAGAAGAAUGACGAGAGCGACGAUGAUGACGACGAAUCGUCCGAUACCGAGGAAGAAGUAAUGCUAAGUGACAAAAUUCCCUGUACUCACGAGGUCUCAAUGACUCACGGCACCAAAGCGGUCAUCGCCAUCGCUGCAGAUCCAUCCGGAGCUCGAUUAGCAUCUGGAUCCGUCGACUACGACGUCUGUUUCUGGGAUUUUGCCGGUAUGGAUACAUCCAUGAAGAGUUUCAGGACUUUGCAGCCCUGCGAGAAUCAUCCUAUCAAAUGUUUGCAGUAUUCCACGACUGGAGAUGUGAUACUAGUGAUAUCUGGAUCGGCACAGGCGAAAGUUUUGGAUCGGGACGGCUUCGAGAAGUGCGAGACUGUGAAGGGAGAUCAGUAUAUUACAGAUAUGGCACGUACAAAGGGUCAUACCGCCAGUUUGAACAGCGGCUGUUGGCAUCCGUUUACUAAAGAAGAGUAUCUGACCUGUUCACAAGACAGUACUUGCAGAAUAUGGAUUUUAUAUAGACCGCGCGGGCAUAAAAAUCUGAUAAAAUGCAGAGCGCAGAAUGGUGUGAAAACUAUACCGACCACCUGCGCUUAUAGUCGAGAGGGUGCAGCUAUCGCGUGCGGAUGUAUAGAUGGUUCGAUUCAGAUGUGGGAUCGCAGAAAGAAUUUUGUGAAUCCAUCUCUCAUGCUGAGAGGCGCCCAUGCACAAGGUAACGAGAUAUCAAGCUUGAGCUUUUCGUAUCUUGGACAGAUGCUAGCGAGUAGAAGUUGUGAUGAUACUUUGAAAUUGUGGGACUUACGAGCGUUCAAAUCGCCAGUCUUUGAAGCAAAGGGAUUGUUUUCACGUUAUGACACAACAGAUUGCAUGUUUAGUCCAGAUGAUUCAAUGAUUGUUACUGGAGAAUCGUUGAGUAAGGGAAAAACGACUGGCAGACUGCUAUUCUAUGAGAGUAAGACAUUUGAUCUAGUCAGAGAAAUCCCUGUGACGAAUUCACACGUGAUCAAGACUUUGUGGCAUCCAAAAUUGAAUCAGGUGUUUGUUGGUUGUGGCAAUGGCAUUGUCAAUGUGUAUUACGAUCCCAAGAAGAGCAUGAGAGGCGCCAAACUGUGUGUCGUCAAGACACACAUGAAACAGAAACACAUUGAGAUAAUGUCUACCCAACAGAUUAUAACACCUCAUGCGCUUCCUCUGUUCCGCCAGGAUAGACCAAAGUCAGUUCGCAAGCAGAUGGAGAAGGAUAGGCUGGAUCCAGUCAAAUCGAGGCGUCCUGAUCUACCUAUCACUUCCGGACAGGGUGGCAGAGUAGCAUCUUCCGGAGGAACGCUCAGCUCUUACGUCAUACGCAAUCUUGGAUUGAGUAAACGAAUAGAGGAUGAUCAAGACCCUAGGGAAGCCAUUCUGAAAUAUGCGAAAAUAGCCGAGGAAGAACCGUACUGGAUCGCACCCGCAUACAAGACAACGCAACCGAAAACAAUUUUUCAAGCUGACGAUCAAGAUAGCGGACCGAGUAAUAAAAAACAAAAGAUAUAAACUUGUAUUUAUUAUGUACAUUGUGUAACUUGUAAUUAUAUUCAACAAUUUAAUUAUGUACAGUAGGAUUUAUAUAUGAAUUAAUUAAAUGAAGAUCUAACUUUA